AUGGGAGCACGCCAAUUCGCUAGACUCGAGCUUUUGCAGAGCUGGAGCUUAUCAGAUGAUCUGAUAAGAUGCCAUCAGGGUCUGCUACAACAACUAUCCGCCGAGUCGGAUUUACACGGCCACGGUACCCAGGCAAGCCAGGUUGCGCCGCCAAGAGUAUUUACCAACCAGCUCAAGUCCCAUGCUGUGAAACCUGACUUGGGCGGAGGUUUGCAAAUGGCGACCUUUGGGUCACCUGCGCCGUCUCUGCCGUCGGUAGCAGGGUCAGCGUCACUCAAUGUUCCGCUCGAGGAAGCCGCCCGCCGCCGACAACUACGACGGGAGCAAAAGAAGAAGCAAAGGAAAGAGCAGGAAGCCCGUCGUGUGCAAGAGGGGGAUGUGAUUGCACCGGUGGCCCCGAGCGCCCACGCCGGCGCCGCACGCGGUCACGACGGCGACGACGACGACGACGAUGAUGAUGAUGAUGAUGAUGGCAAGAGCCUGAGUGACGAACUCUACAAAGAAGCAGCGAUGCGUGCAGAAGCGGCUGCACAGCUGGAUAUACCUCGAGGCGUCCGAAAGAUGGAGCAAGUCACCAGCACGUGGAAACCGGCCGCCAUACUCGUUGUGUGGAUAGGAAUGAUGCUGCUCGCCGUCGCCCUCAGUCUGGACAGCCUGACCGUCUCAUCGUACCAACCUUAUGCCCUCUCCGAGUUUAAAUCGCACUCUAUGCUACCCGCCAUUAGCACCAUUCAAAACAUCCUAACCGCAGCCACAAAGCCCAUCGUUGCAAAAAUCGCCGAUGCUUCGGGCCGCGCCGAGGCCCUGAGCGUCUCGCUCGUGUCGAUUGUGCUGGGCUUUGCCAUCAACGCCGCGUCGCGCAACAUGGGGACCAUGGCAGCCGGCCACGUCUUUUACUCCUUUGGCCAAGUGGGCAUCGUCUUUCUCCAGCAGGUCCUCGCGGCGGACACGACGACGCUGGAGAACAGAUCCGUCUUUGGCGCGCUGCUGUACUCGCCGCCCAUCUUGACGGCUUGGAUCGGCGGCCCGAUGGUGCAGGCGCUGGUGCCGGCCCAUUGGCGCUGGGGAUAUGCCAUGUGGGCCAUUGUCGUACCUGUCGUGUCGAUUCCGCUACUCGUUUCGAUCUGGCGCCACCAGAGCGCAAGAGAAAAGACGCCCGAGGACAGUGUGGCGGAUAGCGUCAUUGUCAAGCUGGCGCAGGCAGACCUCCCAGGUCUCUUGCUAUUCCUCACUGGUCUGGUGCUGCUUCUGCUUCCCAUGACCCUCGCGGCUCGCUACGACAACGGAUGGGCCUCGCCGCUCAUCAUCGUCAUGGUCGUCGCUGGCACCGCCUGCUUCACUGCCUUUGUCUGGUACGAAGCAUACGAGGCCCCCUACCCGAUCCUGCCCCUCUACCUGGCCAAGAGCAGAACGGUGGCGGCCGCCUGCCUGACCGAGGCCUUUUUCUUCCUGAGCUACUACCUCUGGCAGCCGUACUUUUACUCCUUCCUGGUCGUUGUCAAUGGCUUGUCGCCCAAGGCGGCCACAAACAUCAUGACGUCGCAAGCCGUCGCCGCCGCCGUGGCUGGGCUCGCGGCUGCGUUUGUGGUCAAGUUUACCGGCAACUGCAAGUGGCUGAUUGUCACGGGCACCCUCGUCAAACUUAUUGGCGGCGGGCUCAUGAUGCGAUACUCCAACAUGGACGCCACGCUUGCCCAUAUUGUCAUUGGCCAAAUCAUUGCUGGUGGCGGCUCCGGCAUGAUUAGCAUUGUUGCGCAGACUGCCGCACAAUCCGUCGCCGCACACCAAGAUGUUGCUAAUGUGACAAUGCUGUACGAAACGGCCCGAGCGAUUGGCGGCGCCAUCGGAAACGCCAUUGCGGGCUCCAUCUGGACAAGACUGCUACUCACCAAGCUGGAAGCGCAUCUCCCAAGGGUGACCGAGUCGAGCGCGAUUGGUAUACGAGAUUCGCUAACCGUCGCUGCAUCCUUUGCCAUGGGUAGCCCCGAGCGAGUCGCCAUUAACCAGAGCUACACAGAAGUGAUGCGUAUUUUGCUCAUCGCCUCCAUCGCUUUCCUGGCGCUUUCUUUCCUGGCAUCUCUGGCCAUUGUAAACGUGAAUUUGAAAGCUAUUGAUGAAGAUAGCGCCCAGCGUGGUGUCAUUGGUCGAUCCAACUUUGGAGCCUGGUGUGAGAGAAUGUAUACAGGUGAACGACGAGUGAUAAAGAGCUGA